GACAGUCUGCUCGAUUUUAAUGUAACGUGGAGAUUGCCGGACGGGCCGAGAAAGGACUUGUAAUUCAAGCUGAAACAAAUGUUCCUCACGAUGUCCAGAUAUCUCGGUCUGAUAUUUAUUAUCAUAGCUGUUACGUACGCAUAUGGCAGGGAGUGCGACGGUAACGGUAUGAAAUUUGCAUAUAUGCGGGGUGACGCGCUCACCGACUCCACUGACUGCUUAGGACCGAAUAACAUGCCGUAUCCCACCGCCGCGGUAUCGAGAUUGGCUAAGAACCUCUGGACUACGGGCAGUAGUCGAACCGGGCGAUCGCACCAGCCACGGACGAUUGAUCCCGAACUGACGAGGCAGGCGCUUUUGCACAACUACAAAGUGGCCCACGGGGGCUAUUCUAUCGCCGGAAGCUCCCGGAACGGCCGUGCGUUUUCCGCGAAGGAAAGUUGCGGCUCGCCCGCCCGACUCUGCAAAACAAGGUACAAUACCACGGCACCUAUGUACGGCAUCAGCCUUACUAGCGGACAGCCAGUAACGAUCGUGCAAAAGUUCCCCGAUCUCCUGCAACAGGUCGUCUUCGAAGUCUGCGAAUCGAAGGAAUGCGACGUGGUUCACGGCGAGUGCACGCAGACCUACGUACCGUACCUGUUUCUGGUGAUUCCCCUCGGUCCAGUGACCCUGACCGGCCAGGAUUACGUGCUGGUGGAGAGCGGUUGCGUCUGCAAGCCGAGAAAUUCGGCGUCGGCGUCCACCGACGCGCAGCCGGCCGUUCCGAGCUUCUAAUCGUUCGUCAAGUCCGCAAGUCGCUUGGCUACUCUGAUUGUUCUUUGUCGGAACGUCAGGACGGGACUCAUUCUAAACAUCGCGUUUUAUCAGGACGUCACGCUGUAGAGGGAUUUCGGACAUUAAAGUCCCCAAAUGGCUCGACAAUUUCAUCGAUGCGACUUUAGAGUACUAUAUUUCUUGAAAGAAAUCUCUCCGGCAAGAAUGUGUGGAUGAAUGAAACGAAUUCCGGAACGGGAUGAAUCUGUCUUCUAUUUCUUUUUUUUUUUUUAAUUUUUUUAAAAGACAUCGUUGCAUAAUUCCACACAGUUUGUUGUCCACGUUGGUCUUUUUAAUUUAAUCGAUUAUCAGCUAUAUAUAAUCGAAUUUCACAAUAUAAAACGUUUGUUAUUAAUUUGUUAAGUAUAUUGUCAAAUAUUUUAUUAUCUUAUUAUUUCACUAUUUUUUCUAUGUAAGAG